AAGUAGACGUAGAAGUAGAAGAAGAAACCUUAAUUGACAUGCUUGUGUGCAGCAUUAACUGUAACUUACAUACUACAGUGAAUACCUUGUAUGUACCCCGUUACUUCGCCGCCCUUUAGCUGUUCUGAGCCCCUGCUAUGGGUUGAUAACACUGGUUAAUAUUUAACUCCUGCAAAGUUGCAACGAAGCAAAAUUAAUUUCGAAACCACUAUCUUGUUUGGCACUGAAGAGGAAGCGCAUAGUCUGUACACUUCUGUGAAGUCAUUUUUAGUUUUGACACUUGCCUUUGCUUGUAGUCAGAAUGGCUGCCUUGCGAGCUGCAAAACAAGCUCUGAGGAAAGAAAUAAAGCGACGGGUUGCAGCGUUGAGCAAAGAGGAGAAACUGCGACAGUCUCUCGUCGUUUCACACAAGCUGUUCAGACACCCUAAGUACGUGUCCUCUCAGCGGAUUGCGGUGUUUCUUAGCAUGGAUGAUGAAGUGUGCACUCAGGAAAUCCUCAAAGACGUGUUCAGUCGGGGUAAAAGCUGCUUCAUCCCCAGAUACGAGAGCAGCAGCAGUCACAUGGACAUGCUGAAGCUCAGCAGUCUGCACGAAGUGGAGACGCUGCCUCUGACGUCCUGGAACAUCAGGCAGCCUGCUGAAGAUGACAACAGCAGAGAGGAAGCCCUGGCUUCAGGAGGCCUGGACCUGAUCUUGAUGCCAGGUCUUGGCUUUGACCAGUCUGGAAAUCGUUUGGGACGAGGGAAGGGUUUCUACGACAACUAUUUGGAGCGCUGCAAAAGACACCCCAAAGGAAAGCCCUACACCAUUGCCUUGGCUUACAAAGAGCAGCUGUGCCAGGAAAUCCCUGUCGAUGACAAUGAUGAACUCAUAGAUGAGGUGCUCUAUGAAGAUGACAAGUAGCCUCAUCAAAUGGCCUUUCCUAUUAAUACCAAUAACACCUUUUUCCAUUCUUGUCAUUUUGACUUGUUGGAGCCGGAACAGCUCAGGUGAAACUAGUAAGAUGAAUGAACUGGCAGACAGCCAUCAUUAAUUCUAACUUUCCUUUCUGUCCCGUUAUAUCAUUACAGACUGCAAUUUAAACUUCUGACUCAAAGGCUGAAUUAAUGUGUGUGUUAAAGGUAUAGAGACCUCCUACUUCAUGUCAAGUUCAAUUUACACUUAUUGAAAAAGAAAAUGUACCACCGAGAUUUGUCAAGUUGCUAAUGUGACAACUUUGUGCCAUUCAGUUAUGGAUGUCUGUUACAUUCACGUUCCAUAUGGUUCAAUGUAGACAUGCCAGACCUUUACAGAGAGGAACUGUAUGUGCAUGAUAUUUGCAUCUAAUAUGCAACCGUACAUUCACACCAAGGACAGGUCUGGUUCCUUGUCCUUGGUGUGAAUGGGGAGCAGCUUUCUUCUCUUUCUUUCUUUUUUCCUUUUCUCAAUUUGUUUGUAUGGAACUGUCACAUCUAAAUUAGACUGUUGUCAUGACACCAGACACAAAGAUGUCUCAAAAGAACAUGGCAAUGUUGCCAUGAAGAAUCAUUUAAGGGCAAUUUUUACUAUGCGUAAUAUACCUAAAAUGAAGAACGAAUUGAAAAUAAACAUGCUGAACAAACUUUCAAUAUA